CGGAGGAGCCCGGCCGAGCCCCGAGCGGCGGAGGAUGCGCCGAGCCCCGCGGAACCGAGCCCAGCUGCAGCGCGGCGCGUCUCGCCCGGCCGCCGCUCGAGCCCUCGGAGCCCCCUGCACCCGGGAGCCAUGAGCCACCGGAGCAGUGCCCCGGCCGCAGCCCCCCGGCGCUGCUAGGCUUCCCCGCUCCCCCCAGAAGGUGCCCGUCGCUGGUGGGAAGAACCAGCUGUGCCUGCACCCAGCCUCACGCAUCCCUCCCAAGGGCUGCACGUCCGGGGCUGAGUGAGGUGCCCCCGCUGCUCCGUGUUGGGUCCCAUGAGACAGGCAGGACCACCCUGUCCUUCCCGCCCGGGGCUGCAGCACCCCCCUCUUCCUUUGCUGCACAGGAAGCCCCUCCAGCACCCAAAACGAAGCUGCAGAGGUCUGCUGCCACGGUGAGAGAUAGGAUGGUAGCUGGGGAGGCGAGUAUGCGCAGCCCAAUCCUGGCCUGCUGGCAGCCGAUUCUCCUCCUGAUGCUGGGAUCCAUCCUGUCCGGCUCUGCCACGGGCUGCCCACCGCGCUGCGAGUGCUCCGCCCAGGAGCGCGCCGUCCUGUGCCACCGCAAGCGAUUCAUGGUCGUCCCGGAGGGGAUCCCGACCGAGACCAGGCUGCUGGACUUGGGCAAGAACCGCAUCAAGACCCUCAACCAGGAUGAAUUUGCCAACUACCCUCACCUGGAGGAGCUGGAGCUAAAUGAGAACAUUAUCAGUGCCAUUGAACCUGGGGCUUUCAACAACCUCUUCAACCUCAGGACGCUGGGGCUCAGGAGUAACAGACUCAAGCUGAUCCCCUUGGGGGUGUUUACUGGACUCAGCAACCUUACCAAGCUAGACAUUAGUGAGAACAAAAUUGUGAUCCUCCUAGACUACAUGUUCCAGGACUUGUACAACCUGAAGUCUUUGGAGGUGGGGGACAACGACCUUGUCUACAUCUCCCACCGGGCCUUCAGCGGCCUCAACAGCCUGGAGCAGCUGACCCUGGAGAAAUGCAACCUGACCUCCAUCCCCACGGAGGCCCUGUCUCACCUGCACGGCUUGAUCGUGCUGCGGCUGCGCCAUCUGAACAUCAACACCAUCCGGGAUUACUCGUUCAAGAGGCUGUACCGGCUCAAGGUCCUCGAGAUCUCACACUGGCCCUACCUGGAUACUAUGACGUCCAACUGCCUCUACGGGUUGAACCUGACCUCCUUGUCCAUCACCCACUGCAACCUGACGUCCAUCCCGUACGUGUCGGUGAGGCACUUGGUUUACCUCCGGUUCCUGAACCUGUCCUACAACCCCAUCGUCACCAUCGAGGGCUCCAUGCUCCAUGACCUGCUCAGGCUGCAGGAGAUCCAGCUGGUGGGAGGGCAGCUCACCACGGUCGAGCCCUUUGCCUUCCGCGGCCUCAAUUACCUGCGCAUCCUGAACGUGUCAGGGAAUUUGCUGACCACCCUGGAGGAGUCGGCCUUCCACUCGGUGGGCAACCUGGAGACGCUCAUCCUCGACAACAACCCCUUAGCCUGCGACUGUCGGCUGCUCUGGGUUUUCCGGCGGCGAUGGAGGUUGAACUUCAACAAGCAGCAGCCCACCUGCUCCACCCCCGAGUUCGUCCAGGGCAAGGAGUUCAAAGACUUCCCCGACGUCCUCCUACCCAACUACUUCACCUGCCGCCGAGCGCGGAUACGGGACCGCAAACCUCAGCAGAUCUUCGUGGACGAAGGCCACACGGUCCAUUUUGUCUGCCGGGCGGAUGGGGACCCGCCCCCCACCAUCACGUGGCUCUCCCCCCGGAAGCACCUCAUCUCUACCAAAACCAACGGGCGGCUCACUGUCUUCCCUGACGGCACGCUGGAGGUGCGCUACGCCCAGAUCCAGGACAAUGGCACCUACCUAUGCAUCGCCAGCAACGCGGGUGGCAACGACACCAUGCUGGCCCACCUGCACGUGCGCAGCUACUCCCCCGACUGGCCCCACCAGCCCAACAAGACCUUCGCGUUCAUCUCCAACCAGCCCAACGAGAGCGAUGCCAACAGCACGCGCGCCACCGUGCCUUUCCCCUUUGACAUCAAGACUCUCAUCAUCGCCACCACCAUGGGCUUCAUUUCCUUCCUGGGCGUCGUGCUCUUCUGUCUGGUGCUCCUCUUCCUGUGGAGCCGGGGGAAAGGCAACACCAAGCACAACAUCGAGAUCGAGUACGUGCCGCGCAAGUCCGACGCGGGCAUCAGCUCUGCCGACGCGCCGCGCAAGUUCAACAUGAAAAUGAUUUAACCAGGCAACGAUUUGCAAAUAAUAAUGGUGGGGUUUUCCUUUUUUUUUUUUUUUUUUUAAAAAAAAGAACAAAUGAACAAUUAAAAAAUAAUUAAAACACAAACAUUGCUACAAACAUACCGACCUCUCUCCUUCCCACCGCUCCCUCUGCCCCUGUCCAAACCCACUGCACCCGCACUGUCACCACCUCUUUCUCCUCCUCCUCUUCUUUAUACCAGGAAAACAUUCAGCCGAUGUCUUCUGGACUCCUGUGUUUGUAAGGACUUUGUCUGAUGAACUCUGGUGUCAGAUAUAACUCUGAGAGGGAAAAACAAAGAGGGGGGAAAAAAAAAAAAAAGAAAGAAAAAAGAAAUAAAAAUCAUAAAAAGUUACGAACUUU